UCCAAGAUGGCUUCCACCAAGACGUCAAAACAUUGAUUGCUUUUCUAACAAUGAAAAAUAGAUCAAGCUCCGUUAAAUAUCAUAAAAUUUCUGGCGAUGAUGGCUACAUCGAUGCCCAGUUUAUCAGGCCCCCVCCAAAGGUGCCAUGGCGAGCAAUAUGCCUUGCGACUGUUCUAUUCUCAUUUGGGACAUUACUAUUAGUCAUUGGGUCACUUCUUUUCACUGGACACAUUGAUGUUAAGUAUGCAGACAGAACGUAUCCAGUUCUUAUUCUUGGUUCUCUGAUGUUUAUUCCUGGUUUCUACCAUGUCCGUUUGGCUUACUAUGCAUGGAAGGGUUAUAAAGGAUACUCUUUUGAUGAUAUACCAGAUUUUGACUGAGAACUGUGUAUAUUAGAUAAUAAAUUAUAUAUAGAGUUCACCAAAAGUUCAAGAUUGGACACAAAUGUGAUAUGACUUUUGUUAAGUACAUGACAGCGUGUAUAGAUACAAAGCAAUGUGGCUUGUAUGGUUUCAAAGUAGCCUGUAUCCAGUAUAGCACAAACAUGAUCCUGGGUAGGGUUGUUUAAAGCCUGAUUAAAGUUAAUGCAGGGCUGCUGUAACUUCAUCUGAUUUUUGCGAGUUAASCCGGGAUUAACGCUUGUCAASCUUUGAACAACCUGUAUGGUAACUAAGAAACUUAUGUCCAGCAUGGUAACUAAGCAACACACACUCUAUGGUAGCUAAGUAACUUAUAUCCUGCAUGGUAACUAAGCAACACUUAUCCUCUAUUGUGACUAAGUGACUUAUAUCCUGCAUGGUAACUAAGCAACACACACUCUAUGGUAACUAACUAACUUAUAUCCUGAAUAGUAACUAAGCAACACACACUCCAUGGUAAUAAAGUGACUUUUAUCCUAAGCAACACAUCCUUUAUUGUAAAUAAGAAACUUGCAUAGGUAAGGAACACAAAUCCUCUGGAGUAACUAAGAAGCUAAUAGACCAAGGCAGAUUUGUUGGAUGUUAAGUUAAGUGGGGCCGCCGAAAAAGGAUAAAAUUAUAAAAAGAAACAAAGGAAAUAAAAUAAAACCAUGGAAAAGGAAAGCAUG